AUGGUUCCACCACUUAGCCACCAUUUGCAGCCGGAGUCCGUACACCCGAGUGCAUCCACACACCCACACACCCGGCGGUCCGUAUAUAAGCCGUGCGGCCGCGCCCCGAUCGCCAAAAUGCCAAAAUUGAUUUUGAUUAGACACGGCCAAUCCGAGUGGAACGAGAAAAACUUGUUCACAGGAUGGGUAGACUGUAAGUUGUCCGACGUGGGCAGAAAGGAGGCUGCUAGAGCAGGAGAAUUGAUCAAAGAAAAGGGCUUGGUGGCUGAUGUUUUGUACACUUCCAAGUUGUCCAGAGCCAUCCAAACUGCCAACAUUGCUUUGGAAGCUGCCGACCAAUUGUACAUUCCCGUCAAGAGAUCGUGGAGAUUGAACGAGAGACAUUAUGGUGCUUUGCAGGGCAAGGAUAAGGCCGCCACUUUGGAACAAUACGGAAAGGAAAAGUUCCAGACAUGGAGAAGAUCGUUUGACAUUCCUCCUCCAACCAUUGAGGACUCUUCUGAGUUUUCCCAGGCCGGGGAUAUCCGUUACAAAGAAAUUGACCCCGCUGCUUUGCCAAAAACCGAGUCGUUGAAGUUGGUUAUUGACAGAUUGUUGCCCUACUGGCAAGACGAACUCUCGCGUGAUUUGUUGGACGACAAGGUGGUUUUGGUGGUGGCCCACGGUAACUCGUUGCGUGCUUUGGUCAAGCACUUGGACAAGAUUUCUGACGAAGAAAUUGCCGGUUUGAAUAUCCCUACCGGUAUUCCUUUGGUUUACGAGUUGGACGCCGAGUUGAAGCCAACCAAGCCAGCUUACUACUUGGACCCCGAAGCUGCUGAGGCCGGUGCUGCCGCUGUUGCUGCCCAGGGACAAAAGAAGUGA